GUGUAACACAUAAGUAGCAUUAUAAUACCUAGGAGCAUAUAGUAAGCCCUGUACAUAAUGGAUGUCCCAUCAAUAAGCAUCACUUUGAAGAAGCAGCGCUAGUUAUCAACUCCAGUAUAAUAACUCUGAGACUUUAGAACUGAAAUAGCAUAUAUAAGUAAGCAAAGCAUCAUUACCUUGGUGGUACGUGCAAGAGAAGGAGAGAUGAUGAGAGAGUAGUUUCUCCUAUUGCAUAGAUUUUCGAUUCUUUCUCCAUAACAAACGGGAGUGAUGAGACAGAUGCGACGUCAUGAGGCCAAGAAGCAUUUAACCUCAGCGGAGACACAAUCACAAUCAAAAGAAGUUCUUGUUGAGAGCUUGAAGAAAGACUAGACGAAGAAUCCUGAGAGCAAAGCCAAGACAAGGACUGUCAAGGAACCUUCCAAAAAUGAGGAGAGGGUUCUAUAAUGAGUCUAUAUAUAUAUGGACCUUAAUAGCCAUUAUAUAGUCCCGCUUGAGAGUUGCUCUCUUCUAUUACAACACAACCCUAGAGAGUACAGAGAGUGGAAACUCUAGAGACGAAGAUCAAAGAAGAUGACGCAGAGGAGCAAUCAGUUCAAGGGGCAACAGAAAAAGAAGACUGUUGCUCUUAAUCGCCAUGGCAAAUCCGUUCAAAAUCACAAAGGGAAGAGAUAUAUGAAACCGUCCAAGACAACGAAAGAGUUAGACACAGACCGGGAGCUUACCAAGUUCAUAAACCAUUGCCAUGAAGUGAAAGCUGCCAACGCUGCUUGCAAAGAAGGUGGUCAACUUAAUAUCCUCAAAGCUGAGUCUCAAACUGACACAUCCAAGAAGUCUACUAAUAGACAAAACAAGUGUUAA